UAUCGACAGAACUGCAACGAUCAAGAUGCUACUCACAAGUCCGGAUACAUUCUACCUACACUGCGAAAGUCAGGAGACAUGUCACACACACUGCGGUGCAACCAAUAUCACGAUUAGCAAGCAUACAUGGAAAACACUUAUAAAUAGCAUGCAUGAUUGUCUUCGGAAAGAUAAUGUGUUUAAUACUGGACAUGACGACGGAAUCAAAUGAUUCGACCGUUAAAACAAAAUUGCCCACAUUGCAAAGGGUAGGUCUGCUUAUCCUAUGGGUGUGUCUAAUUUGGCUAGUAACACCUCAAUUCAUUAUCCAGCAAAACAACACAGGAGAGACCUGCAGACAAACAUAUACAGCACAACUGUUUGGAUUACAACAUUGUCCGGCUAUUUUGAAUGAUUUGUCGACACAUGCUAAUAAUUUACCAUACCCUGAAAGUUCCGAUGCUGAUGGAUAUGAAAAUUAUGCAUCCUCUGUGCGUGUUUAUAAAAAUGAUUUAAACAUUUGUACUUUGUUAAAUGUCGUGUGUCUCGAGGUUGCGUCGGUUAAUUCCAACGGACAUUUAAAUAAGAAAAUACACAUAUCUAUCUCUUCACUGUAAAUGAUUGCCAGACAGAGAAUUCCACUUUAAAAGGAAACGUUGAAAUUGUUAUUUGUAUUAUAACAACGUUAGAAGACGUGAUUGAGUAUUGGAAUCAUUUGUCGAUACAUCUAAUGGGUAUCGGAAAUGAAGUGGAUUUAGGUGAACAAUUCACGUCAGCACGUUGUUUAUCACUUAAAUUCCCCUCUUUAGAAAGUAUCAAUUUUGAGAACGUAGAUACCUGUGGGUUAAAUAAUAAUCGCGAGGUAAAAUACAGUUGCCGUAACAAAACGUUGGAGUUUACAACAUGCACAGUCGAAAGUGCCGCAGUACACCUUUUCAGUGUGAACCAAAAGGGUUUACAAACGGUGUGUGGAGGAAUAAGUAUGUAUAUAGCAGAUACACAAACAUUGUUAACAUGUAUGAGAAUGAAAAUAAUUACUGAAUAUCUUGGACUUGGGCCUAAACAUGCAUGUGUAUCUUUUUUGCAUAGCCAGAAUGACACAUUUCAGUCUGCGAUUAGGAAUGCUGUCAUUAAACGGAAAUGUUUACCUUGUGAAAACACCGAGCAACGUCUUUCGAAAAGGAGUAAUAUUAGCAACGUUGAAAACCCCAGUGCUAAACAUGCGGAACUAACAAAUAAUGUUGGACAUGACGGUCUAAAUGCCCAAAGUGCACUUGGAACCGGAACGAAUAAAGUUAAUGUGGAGACAGACGGUACUUUUAAAACGCAAGUCCUGAACGAUUUGAUAAAUAAUAUACAGUGUCUUUAUCGUGUAAAAACUGUUUUAGAUGUUGAUGCACAAAGUACAGCCAUGAGAGUUGAAAUACCCGAACACAAAUGCACUCAACAAAGAAAUAAAACAAAAACGGAUGUCGACCACAAUAGCAAUGAGAAGAGAAUCUUGAAACUUAUUUUAAAGGAUACAUCCGAUGUUUCCAUAUCAGCACCGCGUAUUUGUAUCGUAGCUCCGGUGACCAGAAAUGAAAAUCGUGAAAGUGAACCGCAAGCUGACGUCUUAAGAAAACUAUACGAUGUUGUUGAAAGAACUUUGAAAAGUGAGCCUGUUCCUGCACAGGAAAGCAUGGUGUCUGAACUUGUAAGGCUCUGUACUUUCAGAACAGUCCCAAAAGAAGGAAAACCGGACGUAAGUGCACUUGCCGCGGCUGACUUUUACUAUGCGUCCAAAAAUGACGAGGUGAUCGGUUACUGCUGCUAUAAACGCAUCAGUAAUUGGAGUAAAUCUGACGAUCCAUCCGCUGUUCACAUAAGGAAUUCUCCAGAAUGUAAGUUAAACACAAGUAAUUCGGAGGUCAAUGUUACAAAAGCAGUCACUGAAUCUGUUCAAUCCGACAUCUUGGCAAAACUACAGGGCACCAAACGUUUGAGCAAUACUACCGAUUCAAACAAUACCAGACUGAAUAUGCCCAUGAUACUCACUAAGUUAAUAGAUGGAAAACGUUCCAUGUCGACUGGAACAAACAAUGAAAGUCGCGUCGCCGUGCAAAUGAAUACUUUUCAGAAAACGCAUUCUAAUCAUGCUCUCUCCACUGACUCUUUACCUCCGACCAGCCGGCCUUUGAACACAACUGCUGAGCGAUUUCAAUCAAUGAUACCGCAAAUGUUCAGUGCUGAUACCGCUUCCUCCAAGACAUCACGAUUCCAGACAGGGAAAUGUGUAUCGUCUGUGAAUUUUGUGAUUCCAGAUUCAAACACAAAAGCGGUUCAACAUGUAGACGACGCCAUUGAACCAGGUAUAACAAAAGAUGAUUACAUAGAUGAGUACAAUUCAGGAUAUAAUGGUGGUAACAAAAGCAUCUCGAAACCAUCAACACAAACAACAGAUACAGGUUUGAAUGGCAUCGUUGGAUCUCUAAUAACAUCUGAAGCGUCCAUUAUUGUUCAGGGAAUGGGAUACAGUUCAUCAUUGUUGAAACAAGCUUUGUCCAGACUUGUAAAAAAAGGCAAAACAAAGCUUGGUCCGCAGGAUAUCAUGCAAGAAAUAUUUCUUAUAGAGGAUGAAUAGUGGUGAUUGUAUUUGUAAUUUUUUAUUUAAUUUUCAAUAUUGGUUUAACUAAUCUUGUUCAAUUGAUUUAUAUUUGAAUGUCAGUGACUAUUACAUAAAUUUAGGUCUCAAAACGCUUGAAAUUCACAAAAUUCACACAUAUUUGUUAACUGCUGUAUAUGUUCACUAAUCCUUUUUGGACACUUUUUUUAAUGUGUUACUCUGUUUUUAGUGGUUAUAAAAUUAAAUGUUGGUGUCAAUUUUCAAGUUUUAAAAAUAAAAGCUCGGUAAACUUUGUCCAAAGUUACAUGAUACUUUUGUGUUCAUUUUUUAGUAUACUUAUUUUAAAUGUUUUGUAUUUUAGCAUAUAACGUGUAUUGAUAAACAUGCAUAUGUCCAUUCAUUAUUAGUCGUUACAGCUAUCUAGUGUCAUGUUACCAAUAAUAAGACAUGCAAAUACUUAAAACAACGUGUUUAUUGUGUAAGAACUGUUAAAAUCUCAAGUUGUUAAUACAAUGCAGUUCAAACUGACAUUGUAGUUAAAAAUUAAUUAGGUCAAAUGUGUUGUUUUUACGGGAUAGAGAAAUUUGACAUAUAUGCGUUUUCUUUAUUUUAACGAAAUAUUACAUAGAUCUUUGAAAAAUAUGCUUUUUUACAACUAUUCAAAACACGACAACCACUUUUACUGAUUUGUUUAGAUUGUUUGUAAACUUUGCAUACUACAAUGUAUUAAAAUUUAAUUGAAAUGAUUUAAAGCAGCAAACAUGCAAACUAUUUUCAUACAAUUAACACUAAGUGCAACGAGCUAUUCUUAGAGCAUGAUGAGUUGUGUUACUUUUUAGUUCAACUAUAAAUCAACAUGCAUUUGCACGUGAAUACAUGGCAAUAUUAUCGUUAUAAAUAAUUGUAAACAA